CAACGCCAAGCUCUUUUUCUCUCUUAUCAUCCGUACAUAUCUUCAACUCCAUCUCGAUCUUCAACUCCGUUUCAAUCUUCAACUCUCCCUCUCUCUCUAUAUAUAUAUUCAAUAACUUUAUAAAUCAUAUAUAAAUAGGAUCUCGUUUCCUACUCUUUUAUAACACACAUCUUCAUCACAUAACAUAUCUUUCUCUCUUUCCUCGUCCUUCUCUCUUUUCGGGUUCUACUUUUGUUGUUGUUGUGUGUGUGUACAUCUAUACAUGCACAUACACAUACACAUACACAUAGGAAGAUAUGAUGGGUUACGAGCAGAUGAAUCAGAUGACAAUGACGACGACGUCUAUGAUGAAGAAUUUCAAUAAGAGGGGACUAAACAACAUCACUCCACACAAGAAAAUUACGAGGAGAAGUGUCUCCGCCAUCGACGGUGGUGCAGCGGCAGCUGCGACGGAUGGAGAAGGAGAUCGCCGACAGAUUCUCAAGACUCUCGAUCUUAGUGGCAUGUCCUUGGCUUCUCUCUCUGCCUCUUCUAUCAACUUAGCUUCAAUCUCCAAACUCGAUCUCUCCAACAACAAUAUUCAGAAAAUUCCGGAAUCUUUAGUAGCAAGAAUGUUAAAUUUGUCGGCAUUGGAUUUACACUCCAAUCAGCUUAAAACUCUUCCAAACUCCAUUGGAUGUCUUUCAAAGCUUAAGUUUCUAAACGUCUCAGGAAACUAUAUCCAGUUUCUCCCUAAAACUAUCGAAGAUUGCCGAUCUCUGGAAGAGCUGAACGCCAACUUCAACGAGCUUACGAGGCUCCCAGACGCAAUAGGCUUUGAGCUAACCAAUCUGACCAAGCUUUCCGUCAACUCGAACAAGAUCGUCCAGUUACCACAAUCCGUUAGCCACUUGACGUCGCUUCGUGUGCUCGACGCUAGGCUGAACCGACUUGGAUCGCUCCCCGAGGAUCUUGAGAACCUCGUGAACCUUCAGGUCCUUAACGUCAGCCAAAACUUCCAGCACUUGACGACGUUGCCUUACUCCGUUGGGCUGUUGAUAUCUCUCGUGGAGCUUGACGUUAGUUAUAACGGAAUUACAGUUUUACCAGACUCCCUCGGCUGUCUCCGCCGCAUUCAGAAGCUCUCCGUCCAGGGCAAUCCCCUCAUCUCCCCGCCUUUUGAAGUGGUGGAACAAGGAUUGGAAGCAUUGAAGCAGUACAUGAGCGAGAAGAUGACCGAGUCUUAUAAGAAAACUCCGACCAAGAAAAAGUCGUGGGGAAUUGGUAAGCUCGUCAAGUACGGCCUGAGCUCUUCACCGGGGAGGAGAGCUAGCCGUGGAGGCGAGAGGGAAGGCUUCAUCAACGUCUCUGAUUACCGCCAAAUCGACGGAAUCGCCUCCCCGCGACAUGUGUCCCUCUUCAACCCGCGACGCCUCUUGUCUCCACUCUCCGCCUAUUUCUCUCCUCCAAGGUAUUAAUUAGCUUAGAUGUGUGUUCUGUCUUUUUUUAAUCUCCCACGUACGAUUUCAAGCCGUCUCACUGUUACAUACAUGUAGUUUUAAACUGUUAAUGUUCAUUGUAUGUUGUUUUCUGCAUGCUUGGCGUGAGGUUAAAAAUCGUUUUUUUUUUUUUGUGUAUACGUUUUUUGUUCUGUCUGUAUCAUAGAAUUUUUCGAUGGCUUUACACUUUAAGUUCAAUUUUGUUGAACACAUUUGUGUAUUGUGACAUAGACACACUUAUAGUGUAGUCCAUGUAUAUAGUGGAAGAUCGCAUUUUGAUAA